AUGAGAUUAAUCCAUGAGUGGGAUAUGGGAGCUACUGACAGUGGGCGGACCCUCAUCACCACUUCGCCCCACCCUCCUUCUCAAAGAUGCAUGCAGAGAGGCCUAUUCGAAAUAGCUUUAUUAUGUGGACGUGUUUCGAAUCGCUCCAUCAGGGUUCGAAGGCGCGCACACCAAUCAUUAAGCAGUAAUAACCGGCCGAGGCAGGGGUUCGAAUCACGUCACCAUAAUAAAGACGUUUCGAAAAUAUGUGAGAAGGAAGGCGACCGCGCUCCGGGCAGUCCUCUUUCGAAAUGGCCGCAAUCUGAAGAAGUAGAUUAUCGGCUUUGGUCCGAACUGGAGAGUAUGACAUGCCACAGAACAAACCAUAUCUUGGAAAGCCUCAAACAAUCUCUGGUUCGAGCAGUUGAGUGCGCCAUUCAGAUGAGACCGCUCGACGGUACAUCAUGGAAGGAGUUCCAGGGUGACAUUCCUGGAAUGCAUAAAGAUACCACGCACCGACAUGAUAUUCCGAGAAGAGGCUGA